AUGGCGUUUACAGUUUGUCAAAUAAGCCCGUCUGAUGCGUACCCGGUGCCAGAAGAAAAUCCUAGAACCCGGGAGCGAAUGCGUAAUGAUUGUGACUCCCGGAAGCAAACAGUUGGCUGUACUGGAACGACAUUAGCUCAUCGUCGCAAUGUAUCUUUUACUUAUACAUCGGAUAUCCGUGACUACGAAGGGAGUGCAUACCAUAUCACCUGCGAAUACGACCAUACCAGUCGAGAUUUGGUUAUCCAACUCAAUCACGAUGGAUCUGAAGCUCUUAAGAUGCUGCGCUAUCAAUGGAAUACAGAACAAGCCUCACAACAAGACAAUGCCGGACGAUCGGCCGGAGGUAUGACGUCGGUGGAUGAAUCGUACCAUUUCAAGAAUAACGGUAGCAAACGUGUGACGUUAAGCGGGGUGCCCCCAUACACUCGCGUAUCAAUUGGUUUAGUACCUAAUCCCGAGCAUGAGCAAGGAGGCAAAUAUUGGAUCUACAUCGGAAGUACCUGUUGGACUGGUUCGAAAAUCGGCAAACCAUCUAAAGUACAUAUUCUUCCGACUUCAGCGUUUACACAUCCUCUUGUUGAAUGGUCCGCGCCACUUAGCCCGAACGGACCAAUUGACGGAUAUGAUUUUAGCUGGUGCGUUAUGCCAACUGAGGAAAAGGUGAAGAGAUCUACUAGAGACGUAUCCUUGACACAGAAAUCGAAGAACAGCAACAGCAGCAGCGUUUCUAUAGCAAGUGAACAAGGACAGUCAAUUGGCCAGCAUAAUGCACAAUAUCAAUCAGGCCAGAAUGGGCAGGGAAGUCAUUCCCGACGGACACAAUCUGGUCAGGGGGGGCAGUCUUCGAAAGCAGGUCUUCGCCAGGGAACAAUUAAAGGAAACAACAGCCACAGUGGGAACACGCACAAUCAAAGUCCUUCGUUAAAUGAAAGGGCGGUUUUGACCCGAGGUCAAGGUCAACAGGUUUCGCAAUCCCCUCACAAUAGUAGUCAAGGAAAAACAGACAAAGUUUCUGCGCUUAAUAUAGACAAUAAUUCAGGUGGUAUGAAAACAACAAUAAUAUCGACAGUUUCAAGUACGGUCACAACGGCUACCAGGGCCUUGCCGCCGCCGCCGACGACGACGACCCCAAAACCGGAGGCAAAAUGCGCAACGAAGGAUAUUCCCGUUAACCCAGCCAAUGUAGAUGUAUUUAAGGGGUAUAAAGCGGUUAUUGAAGACUACGAUCCCACAGCUACAUAUCGUGUAUGUAUACGAGCUUACAAUUGGAAGGGCACUGAUAAGGUUCAUUCGGAUGAAGAAUGUCAUAUGCGUUCCGAAAGAGCCCAUUUCGAACGGGAGUAUUUCGAAAUGUGUCCACAGUGAUUUAUAAACGUUGCAUUACUGUAAACUCGAUCUAUUCCACUCAGAUCAGAGUGCCUAAAAAAAUGUACUCAGUUGCAGCUGAGACUUAAUUACUUUAAACGAAUAAGCUGAUUCAUUUAGUUAUGACAAACCUAUUAUGAAUAUCGAGAAGAGUAUACGAAGUAAGCCUUCUACUUAUUUGUAAAGACAUAAUUAAGAAUAAAAGAUUUGUUUUAACUCUGAGUUCGUUUUUUUCCAACUU